CAACAAGUGAGCGCGAUGUUUUUCAGUACCACAGUGCGGACAGCUCCUCUUUAAUAUACAAUACUUCCUGUUUGAUAACUUUCCAUUUCCAACAUAACUUCUAAUGAGAAAUUCACCUUAUACUAUUUACUGUAUAAUAGUAAUAACAAUAAUUAUCAUUAUAACAACAACAAAACCAAUUUUCAUUAUUAUCAAAACAUGUACCUACUGGCAAGGCUCUCAAAAUUUGCAUAUGUAUUUUUAUUUAUUUAAUCUGUCCGUGAUAAUACACACAUCAGUGUUUAUCCUUUUCCCCUCGGUUUGGAUGUUUAUUAUGCUCUUUCAAGCUUUUCGCUGUGUUGUGGUACACACUUUGGACUCUAAGUGACGCUGUUGAACAAGAAUAUAAUGUGUAAUCAACAACCUCCCUGUUGCAGUUCAGUGAUGUUCUUUGUGAAAUCACACUGAAGUAGUCUUAGAGGCAUCAUCAGUAAACGCAUAUAUCUUGGAUGAGAAAUACUUUUUGGACUCUGGUUGCUUUGUUGUUUUGUUUUUUUAAAUAAUAUCUUAACCACGCAGUUCUGGAGGACUUUAUAUUACUGGAUGCAGAUCCGAAGAUCACGGUUCCUUUUUCCCUGAAAAUUUCCCAUUCUGACAUGGCGUAUCAGCAGCUGCUCUGCAAAUGGCGUUUGUAUUUCGGAUUCCAACCGGCAAUGGUAAUUUUUUUGCUUUUCUUCUUUAAAAUCGUAGCUGGUCAGAUCCGCUACUCAGUACCGGAGGAGAUGAAGAAGGGUUCUCUUAUCGGUAAUGUAGCACAGGAUCUUGGUUUGGAUCUGAAAAGGCUUCAUUCUGGUCGAGCCCGUAUCGUCACCGGAGAGAACAAUCAGUACACUGAGCUGAAAACAGACAAAGGCAUUUUAGUCGUCAAUGAAAGAAUAGACCGUGAGCAGCUUUGUGGAGACGUGACACCGUGCAGUUUCAGCUUUGAAAUGAUUUUAGAAAAUCCCAUGGAGCUACACCACGUAACGAUUGAAGUGUUAGAUGUGAAUGAUCAUCCUCCCGUUUUCAAGAAGUCAGAUAUUAUGUUAGAUAUAAGCGAGUCCGCUAACAUUGGGGCGCGAUUUGUGCUGGACAGUGCAGAAGAUCCUGAUGUCGGCGUCAAUGGCCUGCAAAAUUAUGUUUUAACCUCAAACGACAAUUUCGUUUUGAAGCAACAUGUAAAUCCAGACGGGAGUAAAUAUGCAGAGAUAGUGCUUCAGAAACAGUUAGACAGAGAAAAGGUUCCCAGUCUCUCUUUGAAGCUUAUAGCAGUAGAUGGUGGAAAUCCACAGAGAUCUGGAACCGUAAAUAUAAACAUAGUAGUUUUAGAUGCCAAUGACAAUGCGCCCGUUUUCAAUCAGUCUGUUUAUAAGGCCACGGUGAUAGAAAACGCAGCAAAGGGGACUAAAAUCGUUACUGUUAAUGCUACAGACGUAGAUAGUGGGUCGAAUGGUUACAUCACAUAUUCAAUUUCAAAUGUGAAGAGCAAUAUAGCUGACUUGUUGUCCAUAGAUCAAGUCUCUGGUGUGUUGUCUGUUUCGGGCCCAAUAGAUUUUGAGAGGGAUAAGAAAUAUGAGCUCAGAAUUGAUGCAAAGGAUCAGGGAGGUUUAACGGAUUCAAGUAAAGUGAUAAUUGAAGUUACUGAUGUGAAUGACAACGCCCCUACUAUUAGCGUCAUGUCGUUCACUAGUCCUGUGUCAGAGGACUCCCCUCCCGGUACAACAAUUGGCAUUAUAAAUGUAAAAGAUCUCGAUUCAAGUGAUAACGGACAAGUAAACUGUAGAAUAGAACAAAACGCACCUUUCAAAAUAAAAUCCAAUUUAAGAAAUUACUAUACAUUGGUGACUGAUACUGUAUUAGAUCGUGAACGUGUUUCAGACUAUAACAUCACUGUUGUUGCGACAGAUGCAGGAAUGCCUCCUCUCUCCACAAAAAGAACCUUUCAUUUAAAGGUCUCUGAUGUGAACGAUAACUCUCCAGUGUUUUCACAAGGUGUUUACAGCGCUUUUAUUGCGGAGAAUAACUCUCCAGGCGUUUCUCUUGUCACUGUGAGAGCUAAAGAUCCUGAUGAAAACCAAAACGCUCGCAUAUCGUAUAUUCUGGAGGAUUCUGAUCUUGACGGAUCUCCAGUUUCUCAGUCUGUGUCUGUAAAUGCAGAAAGUGGAGUGAUACAUGCAGUUCGCUCGUUUGAUUAUGAGCAAGUUAAACAAUUGGUUUUCGUCGUCAAAGCUCAGGAUGGAGGCUCGCCUCCACUCGGUAGCAACGUGACUGUAAAAAUCCUGAUCCAGGACCAGAACGACAACCCUCCUCAGGUUCUGUAUCCAGUCCAGACUGGUGGCUCUCUGGUGGCUGAAAUGGUGCCUCGUUCAGCAGAUGUGGGCUAUCUGGUGACUAAAGUGGUGGCUGUUGAUGUGGACUCUGGACAGAAUGCCUGGCUCUCCUAUAAACUGCAGAAAGCCACAGACAGGGCGCUGUUUGAAGUGGGCUUACAGAAUGGAGAAAUAAGAACUAUCCGCCAAGUGACUGAUAAAGAUGCAGUGAAACAAAGACUGACUGUUAUAGUGGAGGACAACGGGCAGCCCUCUCGUUCAGCUACAGUCAUUGUUAACGUGGCGGUGGCGGACAGCUUCCCUGAAGUGCUGUCGGAGUUCACUGACUUUACCCAGGACAAGGAGUACAAUGACAACCUGACUUUUUACUUAGUGUUGGCUCUGGCUGUAGUUUCCUUCCUCUUCAUCACGUGUUUAGUGGUUAUUAUAUCAGUGAAAAUCUACAGAUGGAGACAGUCUCGCAUCCUGUAUCACUCCAAUCUCCCUGUGAUUCCAUAUUAUCCACCACGUUACUCAGACACUUUGGGGACAGGGACUCUCCAACACGUGUACAAUUACGAGGUGUGCAGGACGACUGACUCCAGAAAGAGUGACUGUAAGUUCGGCCGAGCUGGUAGUCAGAACGUGUUGAUAAUGGACCCCAGUUCUACAGGGACGAUGCAGCGGAUACAGAGUGAAAAGAGCAUCCUGGAUGAACCAGACUCUCCUCUAGAGGUUAGUUCAGUUUUAUCACCUGACCCAAUCUCUGGAGCUUUGCGCUCGAAAUCCCACUACUUCUCUUCCUGCUGAUUGCUUACUGUGCUUUUAUUCUAACCUGCCAGUUGUAGCGAAAUCAGUAAUGUGCCACUAUACGGCAGCAAUCAAGUGGUGGACUUUGUUUAAUGAAUGUGACUGUUGUUUUCCGUUUUAGAAGAAAUAACUUUUAAGUCUCUGCACAUUAUAGCGGACCA